AUGGACCAAAAUAAUAGAAGAAGAACUGAUUUAGAAGUCGCAAGUUUUGAUAGUGGUGAGCCAGGAUUUGAUAGAGCACGCAUGAGAAGACAAUCAGGUGGCUUUGUUGACUUAGGAAAUGAAUCACAAUACGGAACCGGUGGACACCAAGCUUCAGGAGCUAACGAGAUAUUUGCUGACGUGCAGGGUGAUGUUCCAUGGUGGAAGUCCAACUUCUUUAUUUCUCAGCCAGUUCUGUUUGGAACAUGGGAUGGAGUAUUUACUUCAUGUCUUAUAAACAUAUUUGGUGUCAUUGUAUUUUUGAGAUCUGGUUGGAUGGUGGGACAGGCCGGCUUAGUUAAUGCUGUCUUAAUAGUAUUUUUUACAGUAUUUGUUGCAUUGAUCUCAGUCCUGUCUGCUGUUGGAAUUUGUGAAAGAUGUAGAAUUGAAAGUGGUGGAGUAUACUUUUUACUAGCCCAUACUCUUGGCUCUAGAAUGGGUGGAGCAUUGGGAAUGGUUUACUGCUUUGGACAAGCUGUUGGAUGUGCAUUAAAUGUGUUUGGGUUCGGUGAAUCAAUGGCUAGUCUUGUUGGGACAGAUAAUACAUGGGCGGCUCGAGGAUUUGCAGUUUCAGCUGUGCUCCUAUUAGGCACUAUAAAUGUUGCUGGAGUGAAGUGGGUCAUAAAGCUUCAAUUUGUGUUACUUCUUAUAAUAUUAGUAGCUGCGCUUGACUUUUUUGUUGGUUCUUUUACAACAGUACCAGAUGUGGAGUUUAAAGGUUGGCUUGGUGGUACUAUAGGAAAUAAUACUUGGGCAGAUUAUCAAGACGGUUAUACAUGGUUUAAAUGUUUUGGUGUGUUUUUCCCUACUAUAACUGGUAUUUUAGCAGGAAUAAAUAUGAGUGGUGAUUUAAGGAAUCCAUCUAUUAACAUACCUAAUGGUUCUCUUGCUGCUAUAAGUACAGGGACAUUUCUAUACCUUAUGUUUGUGAUAACAUUAGCAGCAACUGUAACAAGGGAGGCAUUGCUAACAAACUUUUCAAUAACAGCCGACAUGUCAGCUGUAAAAAUACUGUUACUUGCGGGAUUAUAUGUCAGCUCCAUGAGUUCUUGUUUAGGAGCCAUGUAUGGAACUCCUAGAGUACUGCAAAGUAUAAGCAAUGAGAAAGUUAUUCCUGGAUUGGAGGUCUUAGGCCAUGGGAGAGGACCCAACAGAGUGCCUAUUUACUCUAUGAUUGUUGUAGCAGUAGUGACAGUAACAUUCAUCAUCAUAGGGGACAUCAACAAACUUGCACCAAUUGUAACCAUGCCCUUUCUAAUCACAUAUGCUAGCAUUGAUUAUUCUUAUUUUGCCCUCGCUCAAACAUUUGAUUUGCAACAUCGACGUGAAAUGAGAUUUCAGGGACACUCUCAGCGUGACCCACAGGUGUAUGGUGCAACUGGAAGUGACUUGGAUUUAUUAUUUCCAGAGAGAAUCCGACAUAAAACUGUUGGGGACUUCACACCAUCGCCAACUGAUUCGGCGAUCAUGAAUGGUCGUACAUCAAAUGGAGAGGUUCGGCCUGCAAUAAAUGUACAUUCUAAAAAUAAGAAUUGGUAUUCUCAUUUAUGUAACAGAUGGCUUUCACUUGCUGGUGUGGCAAUAAAGCUUCUACUCAUGUUCUUAGUUCAUUGGAUGUAUGCAAUUGGCUGCUUGCUUAUUUUGUGGCUGUUAUGGUUAUAUAUUGGAGCAGCCAAUCCUGCCGUAAAGCCAGGCCGAGCAUCGGAAUUUCGGUUCUUUCAUUGGUUGAAAAUAUCCUUCUUACAAGCAAUUGGAAAGAGACCACUAGAAUAUGAACAAUUAGUGGUAACGCCAGUCCAUGCCGAUGUUUCAAUGGAACAAGAAAGACUGAAUGAUGACAAUGAAGACUUCGCCUCUCGCAGACGCUACCAUCAAUCUACUGCCCUACAAACGCACCUUGUUAGUGUCGAUAGCUAA